GUCAUUUUGUUCACAAUCACAAUACAUGAUUGUGUUUCUUUUCUCUGCAAGUAUUUAUGACAAAUAUUAAAAAGAAAAUUUUCAUUUAAAUAAGAAUAUUUAUCAUAACGGACCGACAACAUGUUUCAAUUUGGAUUCAACAUGUUUCCUGAGAUUCCCAGGCCUUUUAAUAUGACUUAUAAGUGCUACUCAGUGGCUAUGUUUCCUGGCAAUGAACGAGAAGACGUUGAAAGGGGUGGAAAAAUUAUUAUGCCCCCAUCAGCUUUGGAACAAUUAACUAGGUUAAAUAUCAACUAUCCUAUGUUGUUUAAGCUUGUGAAUAAAAAGACACAUCGCACAACACAUUGUGGAGUUUUAGAAUUUGUUGCUGAUGAAGGAAAAGUUUAUUUGCCACUUUGGAUGAUGAACAACUUAGUACUUACUGAAGGAGAUUUGGUUCAGAUGGAAAGUGUUUCCCUUCCUGUUGGCACAUUUUCAAAAUUCCAACCUCUCAAUCCAGACUUCUUGGACAUUACUAAUCCUAAGGCAGUCUUAGAAAAUGGUUUAAGAUCUUUUGCUUGCCUUACAACAGGAGAUGUCAUUGCAGUAAAGUACAAUCAAAAGGCUUAUGAGUUGUGUGUUUUAGAAACCAAACCUGGAGAUGCAAUUAGCAUCAUUGAAUGUGAUAUGAAUGUGGAAUUUGCUGCUCCUGUUGGAUACAAAGAACCCGAACAAGUCAAAAAGGAAGAAGAAGAAAUGGCCAUAGAUCCUGCAGAUUUAAUGCCAGAACCUUCUGGAUUUGUAGCAUUUAGAGGUGCAGGAAAUCGACUUGAUGGCAAAAAGCGUAAAGAUACUUCCGGAGCUGAUAGUUCAGUGGCUAAACCAACUUAUGUGAGAGGAAUUCCAGAUUAUGAUUACCAAAUAGGCAACUUAACAUUCAUCAGGAGAAUGAUCAAGCAGAAAUCUAAUGAUAAUGUAGAGGACAGCGAGUUCAAAGCAUUUAGUGGAGCCGGAUUUAGUUUAAAAUCAAGAACAUAAAACCAAUAGAAUUGCUCUGAUAUUUAUAUUUUGUUUUGUUUGUUUUGGUUUUAUUUUAAUAAAUAAAUUAUUAUUAAAAGAUGUACAA